UGUGUGAAUGAGUGUAUAGGAUAUUGAGAGAGUGAGUGCAUAUUGUCUACCUGUGUCCUAAUUACAAACAGGAAAGGAAGAUGGCGACCACAGUCUUUGCACUGUGACUGCUGUUGUUUGCAGAAAGAAACUGAUGAUGACAAUGAAGAAGAUGGAGAAGGUGAUUUGCUUGAAGUAUUUGACUGCGGUGAUAUACAUCGCUCUUCUACCUAAAGUUAAUAGCCAAAAUGGUGGAAAUACAAAUGUUAUCAGACCUGAUGUUACUGAAAGUAUUACAUAUUAUUUAGACAAAAGCCAAGAUUGUAAUGGUAAUAUCCAAGAAGUGUCCAACCAAGUCAUCAUAACUGCUCCAGGUGGAGCAAAUGGCAAUUCAGUGCCUUCCUCCUGUACCAUUACUCUACGUAGUGCUACUUUGAAGCCCACUAUAUUUCAGCUAAAUAUCCAGACAGUGGUCUUGGAGUGUUCAAUGAACUUCUACAUUUUUGAUGGGACUGAAGAACAAACAACAUUGAAAAGUUACAGCUGUCAUACCAAAUUGACAGUUCCAAUACAACUGGUAACUACUGGCAACACAGUUUCAUUUCGUCUCAUUCGACCGUCAACUGGAAGUGCUAGAUAUGACAUCAGAAUUAUAGCACAGACUAUUAAUGACCCUACGUCUGGAGGUGGUGGAGGUAUUGACCAUGGUGUAUUGGACCCUGACAAAAGUUAUCUCCGAAAGUUUUCAACUGACACCAUCAUAAUCCUAAUAUCUGUUGCUUAUCUCGUAGCCAUUUUAAUAUGUAUUAUUAUUUUAAUUGUACGCUGCGUGAGAUCUUCAAGGGAAGAGAAGAAAUAUUCAGAACGGCCUCUAGCCUACAAUAAUUAUGGUUUAACGCCUGCCACUUCAGUGAAUUCAUCAGUUAUGAGUGUAUAUGCCACUAAACCAUCCUCAGAUAUUAAAUCUAUUGGUAGAAACAAGUCAUUCAGGUCAAGAAUGGCCAAUUCCACUGAGGACACUGACAGCGUUUUUGAAGCAAUGCAAUCAAACAUGAAGGCACAGCUAAAUGCACCCUCUUCUUACUCAAGUUCUUACAAUAACCCAUCCUACCAACGGACACCUCCUACUAAAAGAAUGUCUGGUCGAAGAGCUGCCUUCCAGAAUGAAGCAUCUGCUGCUGUCCGUACAUCAAGAGGUCACAGAAGAAACCAUGAGACUGCUGUCAAAGAAGUAAACAAACCCGUUGAGUCUGUGAAAUCAUCUGUAUCACAACAAAUACAGACAGAUUUAUAUGAUGACGACGAUGGUGGUGAGGUGACAAGUGAAGUUGAGUUGGCUUCAACUGGGAUGAACACUGACCCAGAAAUGACUGAUCAUGGUAUUCAAUGUGAGGUUGAAACUAGUGAUGAUAUCAUCAAUUCAGAUGAAGUUAAUGCGAUUUCUAAGCAGGCAUUUGAAUACCUGAAGCAGCACAAACAUUUACAAAGCCCUUCAUUGUCACAUCCUCAUGGCACAGUGAGUGAUGAUGAGAUGGGGCAGAAGUAUGAACAUAAUCGAUACUACUAUCCUGCACAGCAGGGUCUGCAUGGCUCCCCAGCCAUGCAUCGCUUUGCUCAUCCCAUGGAGCAAUAUGGCUCUCCUGAACCACACACUCUUCAUUUUGAUCCUGCUUUAAGACAGACGAAUAUUACUCCACCCAGUUACAUGUUAAGGGCCAAUGGUUAUGGACCACAAAGAGGUCCUAAGCCACCAGUUCUGACUGACUUGGAGGACCGAUACAUACCAGUCUAUUCUUAUUUAGUAAACCGAGGCUACAAAAUUCCUGAAUCUGACAAAAAUGCUUCUGGAAGCUCAGCAACAGGAACAAGCCAUCAUUCAGAUUUGAGAAUGGUUCAGACAGAUGAUUCCGAUUUCUCUGCAAAUUUGGAUAGUGGUGUUGAACUGAUGAAAAGAUGAAAUAUAAAUAUGAACAACAACAAAAAUGAGAAGUUGUAAAAUCACUUUAUGGACAGCUAAAUACACACACGCACACACUCACAUUCAUAUAUAUAUUCGAACUUUUGUAUAUAUUAUCCAAUCAUGCACAGGUGCCUUUAUUUUAUUUGCAUACAUAUCUUUGGACUAGUAUUGAACUAUCAAAUUUCUGUUGUAACAUCCACAUUCUUAUAAUCCUGAAGUAUAUAUAUAUAUAUAUAUAUAUAUAUAUAUAUAUAUAUAUAUAAUGUAAUAUUUUAAUGCUGAGGCUUCCUACCACCAUCACUUAGUUUACUCUGUGAAAUCAUAUUUUAUAUAUUGAGUGCCCUUUUCUCCCUUUUUGUUAAUUUACUUGUGUGUGUAUGUGUAUAAAU